CUGCAGGUCACAGACUUUACCGCGGAGGAGGCGCUUCGGUGGUUCUGGAGAUCCUGAAACGAAUCGACAGCAGCGCAGAGAGAACGCUACAGGUGGACAGUCCUCAAAACGUGGUUCCAGUGACGCUGGAGCAUCUGGUGGAUGUACAAUGGCAGACGGAAAGCAUUUUGUGGAUAAACACAGAGUCCAGCUGAUCCAGAGAGUGAGCAACAUCGCACCCAUUUUGGAUGAGCUCCAAGACAAAGAAGUUAUCGACCAAGAACAAUAUGACAAAAUUAGAGCUCUGCCUACCUCUCAGGACAGGAUGAGGGAGCUCUACAGUGCCCUGAAAGCCAGUGCAGCCUGCAAAGACAUCUUCUAUGAAAGCCUUUUGGCAAAUGAGAAAUUUCUCGUUGAAGACCUUUCAAAGAAGUAAAUGUGUUGGGAAAAAAACACAUUUUUAGACCAAACGUACACGAUCUACCUGAACAUAACAUGUUUACAUUAAAAAGGUGGAGAUGUCUUUUCUUUGUGGAAAAUUGUUCUGCUAUGUGGUGCCUUUGCUCCUCAGUGACUCUCCUUUAAUUGAUCCAUUUUACAUGAAACACUUUGGAUAUUUAAAAUUUUUUAUAUUAAAAAUGUAAAUUGUAUCAUUUAAAGAUGAACUGACGAUGUCAUCAGCCAUGUUUUUAUCCAUGACUCAAACUGUCAUAAAUUUAUUUUCAGAUUUCAUUAUCUUCUAUAAAGUAAAACAUAAUGCAAACAUUUAUUGUCCUUAAAAAUAAACCAGAAUUAAACUCGAAGAAUU